AUGAUGAAAAAAGUGUGUAAAGGAUGUCUAAUUUUGACGAUGAACUCAGUAAUUAUUCAACUUCUGAUACUUACACUCCUCACCAGAGCAGCGCUGCAGUGCAAAUAACGGAAACAAUACAAACAAUAACCUCUUCUACAAACUUAACGAGCAAGAAUUCUUCCAGUUCAGCUUCCAGUCUACAAUUGGUGACAACAAAUCAACAUUCACCACAGAUAUGUCAAUCUGAACAACAAACGGCUCCAAAUAAUCCUUUGAAUCAUGCCCAGUCUUCAAAUUUGAACAAAACACUCUCAACAGUUCCUGCAUCUCCUGGAAGUGUUUCAUAUGGUGCUACUAUAACUUCUACAGUUACCUUCAACAAUUCACAAGGAACUAAUUCACGAUUAAGUCUGAAUCCAUGUAAAAUGCCAUCUGCAGAGCCUACCCAAGCUUUCCCCCAAGCAGGGUCACCAGUGGGUGCUAAAGCAGCAGGAAAGGGGGUUCAUCAAUUUGGAAAACACUCUCAUCUCCCUGUUAGUAUUUCCCGUCCUAAAACCAGUUCAUGGAAAUGGCACCAGAGUUCUCUAGAUAAAGAUGGCCGACUUAUUCAAGAAGCUCCAACUACCCCCCUCAUAGGCUCUACACCCAAGGAAAUUGGGGAGGCCUCCCCAAAUAAAGGCACCUCUGUCGCAACUGGGCCCACAACAUCCAAAAGUGUUGGAGAAGGCUCUCCCAAUAAAGGCUCCCCUACCAAGAUUGGAGCUCCAACGUCUCAAGAUAAUGAUCCGGUCAGUUUAAUCCAGAAUGUUCUAAAAGAGGCUAUGAGUAACAUUCCCCCUCCCCCACCUAGGAGAGGCCCUUUGAGUCCCAACUCUGAUAAAAGAGCCAUGGAUCCAAUGGAGUCACCUGCUACUCCACAAUAUGCAGGGUUUUCUUGGCAUCAAGUUAGCCCAUAUGAAAAUGAUCAAGCCAAUGAGGAAAAAAAUACAAAUGGAGAUAUCAGUGAUGCAGACAAGGAUUCCAUUGGAAAUUUGACCAAUGAUAAAGAAGCACCAAAUGUUCAGGACUCUGAAGGAACAAUUGAUGCAUCUAAUGAAGCAGCUAGAGAUCAUACUACUCAAUCAGUUGAAACUCACAAGAAUUCCUUGACGUCAAGUUGUACUCCUACUCAGUCAAGUAGUAUAUGUGAGACUAAAAGAUCAACCAAUGCUGUUGAGACUAAUGAAUCAACUGCAGAUGGGACAGUUGACAACAAUGAGGUUCAGACUAAUGCAACAAUUGAAAAUAAUAGAACAACUGGAGUUGACAGCAAUGUUGAACUAAAUGAAGCUAUUCUUCCUAUAAGAGACGAACCAAGUGAUGCCAUAGAAAGUAACAACCAUUCAGCAGAUGUUGAAACUUCAACAAACACAUCUGCACUUGUUGUCCCUGACCCUGCUACGGACCCUGCUAAUGAAACAACAAAUACUGCCAACAAUAGUGUAGAUGAUGUACAUUCCAUUAGGCAAAAGGGUAGUAAUGUGAUUGAGAAUCCUUUGAAUGAAUCAGGUAAGGCAAUUAAGAUUGUGCAUUAUAAAGAUGGUGACACACCUUCAAUAUUUCAUCCUAAUGGUGGGAUGCAACCAUCAAAUGCUCCUGAUAGUGAACUGAAUGAUGCUACAAAGGAACAGGAGAAUGUUACUUCCAAUGAUCAUGCUCCCAAUGUAUUCAAUCCACAAAUUGAUGAUGCACCAGUAAUUCCCCUCUCAAUUGAGCCAUCUGCAGCAGCUGAUGCUAUUCUAGUUAAUACUACAAAGGAAGGCAAUGAUGAUGAUGAAAUUGAAGUCAUUGAGUUACCACCAAAACAGAUUGAACUCAUUGAAAUUGAGGAUGACGAGAACACAAACACUGAUUCAGUGCCAUGUUUUACUCCCAAUAUUGAAAAUUUACCUGGAAUGACCAUUAUCCACUGUAACACGUGUGACAAAUGGUUUAAAGACUACAACAAUGCCUUGAAUCAUCUAAAAGCAACCAAUAAUACCCAUAAACUAAAUGCAGUUAAGAAAUGCAUCAUAUGCCAUGGAAAUACUAUCCCAUCGACUGCCAUGGAUCAUUAUGAAAUUUGCAUUCAGAAAGCAGUGAGGGAUAAAAUCUUAGUAGGUUGUCAAAGCUGUUCAUUCCAAACAAACAAUGUGGUCAACCUGUGUGAACAUUAUCUCAUAAAGCACAAUAAUGAAUGUGGUAAUCCAGCUGGAGAAACUGAGGCUACUACAUCAAAUUUUAUCCGUUCAAUCCAGCAGUAUUGUGUCACCUUAAUACGUAAACCUACUCUUCCGCCUACUAACACUGGGGCCCCUUGUUCUGGAACACCAACCUCGGCAGAUACCCUCAUCAGCACCAUAGAAAAUUUGUUGAAUCAGAAGGUUAAAAUUCCACCAAAACCUGAACCCACUGUGCAAAAGAAAUGUCCUGUAUUUGGAUGUCCUUUUGUGACUCCGUACCACUAUAAACUUGAAGACCAUAUACGCAUGUCUCACCUGGAUUUGAUAAAAAGAACUGGAAACAACCCCCAAACAAUUUGUACAUCACCAGCAUCAACCCCAGCCCCUAUUUUACCCAAAUCAAACAAUCUACCUGUUAAUCAGCAUAAAUUGGACUUUGAUGGCAAAAAUUACCACUGCGCCAAAUGUAAUUUCAUCAUUGCUGACUUGAGGUUGUUCAAGGAGCACAUCAUAAGGCAUUUCAUGGGGAACCUUUACCAAUGCACAAAGUGUUCAGUCCAAGGUCAAGACCAGCGUUCCAUGGAGGCUCACUUUGCAUCAUAUCAUCCAGGCAACCCUGUAGUGGUCACAAGGCUCAAAAACAUGGCAGUGGACAGUGUCAUUGAGAUGCUUCACAAAGCAUGGAAGGAUCGCAGUAGGGAUAUGUACUCACAUAACCCAAAUACUGCCCACCCCACAUUUCUCAUAACAUCCACAUCAGGUGGUGUGAUUCCUGUGUCCACCCCCUCAAUGCCUUUAAAUAGCAAUAACACACAGCAGACUGUGAGACCUCCACAUCCUAUAGCUACAAGUCUGUUAAGAUCUCCACAUACUACAGGAAUGAGGCAGGCUCAUCAGUCCUAUGCUGCAGCCCAAUAUGCUCCUGUGUUACCCCCUCCAUAUAGUGCUUCCACAGGUCAACAACAGAACCAACAGCAACAACAACAAAAGCAGCAACAACAUAACCAGGUUUCACAGAAUCGCCAGCCUGUUCCAUUAAAUCAAAGAUUGCAAGUCCCAGGUGGUAGCUAUACUGGCAGACCCAUAGCACCUAGACAGCCUGCACUCCUUAAUGAUAACCAGAAUAUAAUACUAUUGAACUCUCCUGCAGGAACCCAGGGCAAGAGGUUGCCUUUACUACAUGGUAUGAGGGUCCCAUCGCAUUCAACUCUUAAGCCACAUUCAAAUGUACCAUCACAUUCAAAUGUACCUUCAAAUUCAAAUGUUCCAUCUAGCCCCCAACUGUCGAUGCCUCUUCUCUCUGAUAUCACAUCUUCACUAGGAACACCUUCUUCAACAGCUUUAUCAAUUGAGAAUAUAGUGAAUGCUGCAGCUGCCUCUUUGUCAGCUAUUGCUGCCACACCAUAUCGAGCAUCCAAAGCUAACUCAGUUAACUCCAUAUCUUCUUCCCUGUCAUCUACUGCAUCAGCACUAGGGGGAUCAAAUAAAGGACAGACUGCAUCAAAUCUCUCAGGUAUAACCAGCCAGGCAGGAACACAGUCAAACACUAAUUUAGCAACCACAGGCACCAAAAGCUUAAUGACUGCCAGCCAGUCUUCUGUUAGACCAGGUACAGCGACACAUCAGCCAUUUGUGGGAUCAAAUCCAUGCCAGUCAGCUGGAGGGCCCAGUACACUGACAUCAAAUCAAUCAGUUGGAGGGCCAAGUACACGGACAUCAAAUCACUCAGCUGGACGGCCAAGUACACUGACAUCAAAUCAGUCAGCUGGAGGGCCAAGUACUCUGACAUCACAACAACCAGCUGGAUGGUCCAGUAUACUGACAUCAAACCAGUCAGCUGGAGGGCCCAGUACACUGACAUCAAAUCAGUCAGCUGGAGGGCUCAGUACACUGACAUCAAAUCAGCCAGCUGCAGGGUCCAGUACAACUACACGUCAAUUAUCUACUGAACCCAGUACAUUGACACCUACAGUUGUUGAAAGACAACAGAACAAGAAUGAAGAUGAUAUUCAGGUUGUUGGAGGGAAUGCUCCAACCAGAAAACCAGAGAAGGUGGAUCAGCCACUAAUAAUACGCUGCAAACGAGAUAGCAAUGGCGUCUACAAGUGUCUCAUCUGUCAGCUGAAGUGUCACAUCUCUGAAGACUUCAAACACCAUGUUUGGGAUCAUAUUCAUAAGCCAGGGAUGUUGUGCGCACAUUGUCGAUUUCAACGGACAAAGACCACAGAGGAACAGCGGUAUAGAUGCGGUCUGGUAGAUGAGUUAAUGGAAGGUAUGCUUAAGAGUACUGCUAUAAAACGUGUCACUCAUACUGCCAAGGAUGCCAACAAGGGCAGAGAAGCCACUGGUACAGAGCAUGCAGGGCCUGCACCAGAGGUUGACCUCACAACAUGCCUGAACCCGCUUGAAUCACCUAGUAGUGCUGACACUAAAAAGGCAGAUGAUCAGCCAAGGACUAUAUUGACUACACCUAUUGUGAAGAGAUCCCAAAGUUCAGUUGCUGAUCCUGAGCCAGCAACAGACACUACUGAAGCACAGGCUUCCAUUAAGCCUGUCAGCUCAGCAACUACUAUAGAUGCUGAAGAUACAUCCAACACUACUGCUGCACCAGUUAAGGAACCCAACAAUCUUACACCAACAAAGCAACCAGUAGGUGUAAGAGUUCAUGGGGAACCUGCAGAUAAUGUAAGUCAUUCGGAUUCAUUUAUUCCUACUGAUUUAGCAGCACCUAAUACCAGUAUAUCUAUAUCAGAUAUCCCUCCAACCCAAGAAAAUGCUACAGCGACCACUGUUAAGCCAGCUACAGAGAGCAAUAACACUGUUCAACCAACAAAAGAUCUUGUUACUGUGAGGGGUUCCAGAGAUACUGAGAGUACAUCCCUGGCUUUAGAAGAAACAAAUUCAAAUGAGGCAGUGACACAACCAACCCCAACUGAAGAAAAGUACAUAGAAAGUAUAAAAGUAGAGAAUGCACUGGUAGAAAAAUUAAAGACACUUCAGGACUUUUAUGUAUGUGAUCUUGAAGGCUGCGGGGAAAGUUAUAAAAAGGUUGAUUUAUUUAAGCAUCAUUCCAGUCGCCAUGUAACUCCAAUAUGCUGCUACUACUGUAAGAAGUCAUUCAACAGCACAAACAGCCUAGUGAAUCAUCUACACAGUCACUUGAACCAGACCAAGUUCCAACUGCACCAAUGUGCAUUUGAUAACUGUGAAUACACCACUAAUCUCCCUAAUGAGUUUUGGAGCCAUACUUCUGAAGUGCAUAAGGGAGCUAAGGAAUAUGAAUGCAAGCAUUGCUCAGAUGUAUUUACAACAGUAAAUAACUUAGUUGCACAUGUACAGCAAAACAUUAUCAAACUGAUACAUUGUCCCUAUUGUCGUAGUGUGACUUCAAGUAAAUCAACAUUAUUGGGUCACAUUAGACAGGAGCACCCUGGGAAGCCCAAGAAAAUGACAGUCACUAGCCUGGUGGUAUGCAGGAAACCAGUCCCUCCUACUGCCCCAACAGAUGUUGAACUACAGAAAAGUCUCUCUAUGUCCAGUGGGUUGAAAAUAAAUAUAAGAACAGCUAUGAGUAGUAAAGCUUCCAAUAAUAGUCUCCCUGGCACACCAGUGAAUCCAACAGCCGUUGUUGUAAAUGUGCCAGGAAAGCCCAUACUUGGGGAGAAGAUGUAUAAAUGUUAUACAUGUGGAUUCAGUAGCACAUCCAAUGACCAAUAUGUCCAGCAUCUGUCUUCAAAUAUUUGCAAGGAUAAGUUAGAUCGCAGGAAACAGAGCAUUGAAGAGAAAAGGGACGAUCAGGAAUCUGUGAUUGAAACUCAACAGGAGAUCUUUUCAUGUGAUCUUUGCCCCUUUGAUUGCUAUAUGAAGGAAUCACUCCUAGAGCAUCAUAAGGUCCACACUCAGACUAGAGACCGCCACUGUAAGUUCUUUUGCAAUGUCUGCCCAGCUGGGUACAAUAAAUACAUUGAGUUUAAUGAUCACAUGUGUGCUCACCGGGGAAUACAAACAGUCGAUAUAUACAUGUGUAACACCUGCAUGUUCAUAUCAACUGAACAUGACACUGUACAGAGGCAUCACAAAGAUACCCACCCUGGAACAAAACUCAACUACAAUGUCGGCCCAAGAUACUUCAAGCCAACUGAUAGGACAUGUAACAUAUGUAAAGUUAAAUAUAAAGCAAAGACAGGCUGUCAGUCUUGCAAGUUGAAUGCUGAUAUAGCUGAAAAAUCGAAAGCAGACAGACAAAGGAAGAGGGAAAGAGAAAAACAAGCCAGGUCUAAGGAACAAAAAGUUAAAGAGCGUGGGACUCCAUUCGACUAUAGCAGUCAUACCGUUCUCUGUCCAGAUUGUGGAGAAAGUUAUACUAUCAAGAAUUUUAAUAAGCACUAUGCAAAACAUCUCCCUGCAUUUGAAAGGAAACAUAAGUUGAAGGUCAUUGGUUGUGUCCACUGUCCAUUUAAAGACUUGACACCAGAAGCUCUUUCAAGUCAUAACAAGAAGGAACACCCAACAUAUAAAAUCAGCAUGUUUACCAAAACCUACCAGGUAAUUGGUCUGAAUAAAGAUCUAAGUGCAAAGCCAGUUCUUAUGAAACAAUCCAAUGUAAAGAAACUCAAAGAUAAGAUUUAUGAGAAAGCUGCUCCUGUAAGACAAAGAGGCUCAAAGUCAACAGAUUCCAGAGCAAGUUUAGAUAUCAAUCACUAUCACUGUGAGUAUUGUGAAUUUAGCACUAACACUCGUGGAAUUCUAGUUGACCAUGAAAAGGGUCACAGAGAAAGUACAAGUACUGAUAACAUCAACAAUAUGUGGGCUGCAAACAUUGAUGACAAUGACAGUGUUAACGCUGAUGACAAUGAGGAUGAUGAUGAUGACGAUGCAUCAACUGUUAAAAGUGAUUCUUCUAAAACAUCUAGUUCCCCAAAGAUAGAUAGGAAAGUAUACAAGUGCAAGUUGUGCACACAUGCUACACGAUAUGUUCAGAACAUUCAGACACACAUACAGAAGAAACACAAGAAGGAAUGCUCAGACCAACUACCAUUUUUAUGCACAUAUUGUAGCUUUACUGGUUUCUCUAGGGAACAUAUCUAUGAACACCAAAGGGCCACUCACAUUGGGAAAGUUAGAAAUUCAAAAAUGAAUGACAUCUUCUACCAUCUUGUCAAGGAAUCCACUAUCUCUAAAGGUACACUCAAGAAGAAGCGUGUUAAAGAAUUCACGAAAAGAGCCAAAUGGGAUCCUAAAUUGAAAGGUGAUUGUUCUGUAGUUAUACAACAGUUGCCAGAAAGCUGGCAUGAAAUCUUGCCUUCCCUUAUGCAGCAAGCUAUGGGUUAUGAAGUACAGGUGCGCAUGUUACAACGAACACCUAAUGGAGACUACAUAAUUCCCAAGGAAGAUGUGUUUGGUGUACAUAUCCAGUGUCCAAACUGCACAUACAGGACUAGGAUCAGAACUGAUCUUAAGCAACAUAUGAAUUCUGCACACACAAUUUCCCAUUCUGAAUCACAUGAAUUAAAUAAGUCAUUGUUAUCACCUCCAGUAUCAAUUUCAUCUUCAAUGGUAGAGACCAAAGCCAUGUUUACAAAAAGACCACGGAAAAGAAGGUUGUCUAUAAUGGAUGAUAUAAUGAGUCAUAAGCCAACACUAGAGCCUCCAAUUAAAAGAUUCUUGAGCUCUGAACUAGAUGCGGCUACUUCCGAACCUAUCGCUAACGUUACUGGAGAGACAAAGUUAGAAGAUGAGGAUGAAGAGCGAGAUAUAACUACAAUGUCAAUCCAAAAUGACAUGCCAGUCUUUGACCCCAAGAAUUACAAUGCAGAUGAGAAUUUGAAUGCGACAAGAAUCUCUUUGGAUGAAGUGCUCUCUGAACAUGAAGUAAUUCCUGAUGCCUGCUGGAGGGUUGUGGACGUUAAAUGUGUGUAUGACAAAUUCACAGGUUCGAAGCAUUGUACAUCUUGUGACCACCAGGCUCUUACUCAGGAUGAUAUCAGGAAACAUUGGUACUACACUCACUGGUUUUAUAAACCAUAUCGCUGUUUAUACUGUGGACUGAACUCCACAAACACUAUCGAUAUUAUCAAACAUUCCAGUAAGUUUCACAGGAAUCUCCCUCUGAAGGUGGUAAAAGUUUACUCAAAAGAGGAGCAAACGACUCAGUUAGUUCCAUUUGAUGUUAGUAAUGAGAUUGCUCCAGAUCUUUUACCAGAUAAGCUAUACGCUUAUGUGGAUGGCUCUAUUAAGCCUUUAGAAGAUCCUGAUGUACUUGAGUCAUCUUUGGAAAAGCAACUGCAAUUGAAUAUCUCUAAAAGAAUGGUGGAGGAACCAUCAGAUCAUAAUUCUGAAAUUGAUACAGUUCAGCAGAAUGCUUCAAGUUCAGCACUUGGGCAGUCCAUAAGUGUAACACAGAAUAGUAGUCCAACACUUGAAGAACCAACACAUGUGAAACAGAUCAAAACUCCUACUGUGCAAGAAAAACAAGCUUAUGAUGCUUUACAAGUUAACACAACAAAAAAUAAUGCCUUCAUAAAUGUACCUGUGAGGCCAGUGCAAGUAGUCAAGAAUGUAGGUUUUGGCAAUGAUCAUACACCAGUCCAAGUAAACACAAAUGCAGCAAUUGCAACAAAGGUCAUCAAACAUGCAGCAAUGAAGGCUACAGCUGAAAUGAAAGCUCAACUUAUUGAUACAACGAAGCUGUAUAUUGAGGAAAGGCCAAAUGUAUUUAAGUGUGUCAUCUGUAAUGACAAGAAGGAAAGUGUUGUUAUGGUAACAAAACAUGCUGAGUCUGUUCAUGCAAUAUUUUUCCCUUUUAAAUGCAAAUACUGUGACUACCUUUGUCUAGAGAAAAAACGAAUGAAGAAACACUGUGAAGUCCAACAUGCUGACAUGCCUGUGAAAGCCAUUGUAAGGAAACAGAAGGUGCCUGCUCGAAGCACUGCUGAAAGCAUUGCGACAAGUACUAAGCAGAAUGAUCAAUCAAAAGACCAAGUUGAUGUAAUUCCAAGUGGAUUUAACAACACAAAACAAGUCAUACACUUAAAAGCUACAUAUUUGAAAGGGUCAGAACAAAUUGAUGAACAUAUCAAUGGCAUUGUUACAGAGUUAAUGAACUCAUUACUUGAUCAAGUUGAGCACAAAAUUGGACAAGUGACCGACACCCCCAUGCAAGAAGAUAUACAAGUACCUUCUCUAGUAAUUAGUGUGAAUUCAAUCUCAGCGGAUAAACACACAUUCACAGCUACAUCUACAAAUGAAGGAACUAUUCAUGUUGGUCAAGAAGACUCUACCAACCAGACCUCCACUGAAUCUUCUUCAGAUAUUGAAAAUGAAGUUAAACAGAUACUUAAAGAAAUUGUGGAUAAGGUACUUGAAGAAAAUGAUUUUGUUGGAACUAAAAAUAUGACUAAGCACACCAACAAUGAUAAAGAUGAUGAGGAUAGGAAUGUCAAAGUAAUGUCAAAAGGCUUAAAUCAAUGUAUAGCCACCCCUGCAACUCAAACCAAAGUUGAAUCAACUGGCACAAAUCAACAGAGCUACAGUUCGGGUAACCAAAGGAGCAACACAAUAUGUACCAAUGAAGCAGAUACAACUACAAAUACUGAUGAACAAGAGAUAUCAACAAUUGGGGAUCCUGUUGUCUCUACAGUUGUUGCAAGUACACUAGAAAGUAUAAUAAACUCUGUUUUAGACCAACUAGAGAACAAAAAGAAACCAAAUAAGGAAAGAAUCAACAUAUUUGAAAAUAUAUUUAAAAAUGUUGGUUCAGUAGUUGACACACGAGUUAAAGCUGUCAAAAACAAUGAAACUAAAAAUAGACUUAAAUUGAAAAGAAAGUGGUCAUGUGAAUCUAAUGGAAUCACCUCAAUGCGAGUACCUGUCAUUAUGAAAACUUCAAAACCUACUGACAACCCAAUACCAGAUGAUCUACCAAAUCUUGUGAAAAAGCCCAUUAUGUCAAGCAUAAGGGAUAAUAUGGAAGUGAAACAAAGUGCUCAAAGAGCUGGAGUAUUUGAGUUGAAUUUUGAGAACAUAUCGAGUGACGAAGAGACUCCAGCCUCUGCAAAGCUGCCAGUAAAGCUUGGAAAAAUGACAACAUCUACUUCAUUUGAAAACAUCAGUGACGAUGAACACGCUGCAGCUAGGCCUCCGUUAAAGAAAGCAAACCUAACAGGAAUUAAAGAGCAUCAUAUUAAGAAUGUUUUUGAUAUUGGCUUUGAAGAUAUAUCAAGUGAAGGAGAGGGGUCUGAUGACAAUGAUGAUUAUGGUGAUGAUGGAAUAUUUGCAGGUAUUAAGCCUGCCAAGCAAAAGGGAGGUGGUCCAGAAAAUGAAAACUCUGAUGAAAAAGAAGAUGACUAUGAUGAAACUGGAACAAAUGCUGGAGUGAGUCGAGUGACCCCGAUUAAACAAACAAGAGGUGGACCUGAAGUAGAUGACCUUUUUGUAGAUCCUUUUGCAAAUAAUGAAGAAUAUGAUGAUUUUGGAGAAGAUGGCAUCUUUGCUGGAAUGGAGCAGAUCAUCCAAACUGGUGGUGGAGGACCAGAGGAUUCAGAUGAAAAGUCUGACUCUGAGGAAGAGGUUGAUCUAGAUAGCAGUGAUGAUGAAGAGAAUGAAAAUGACAAGAAUAUAUUUGAAAAAUUUAACGCAACUGAAGAUUCAUCGAAUGGGAGUAGUAAUAUAUCGGAAAAUGGAGGCAAACCUGAUGAUGUCUUGGGCAAAGAAGAGGGACAGACCCUUGAAGAAAUGUUGAUAGAUUUGAAUGGCACAGACAAAAAUCAAGACCCUGACAUUAAUGCUGAAAAGAACAUAUUCUCACAGCUUACAGCAAAAAUACAAAGUACAGAAAACAUUCAAGAUAAAUUCCAAAGACCACCAGAUGGCGUAGAUACACCAAACAAUGAUGAAUCUGCUGAUGAAGAUGAUCAAAUGAAGGCAGAUGAUCAACAUAUUGUUAAUAUUAAGAAAGAACCUAGUAUAGAACCACUCCAUGAAGAGGAAGGGAUAGAUGGGCAAAGUGAUGAUGAUGAUACUGGUGAUGGUAUGAACAUGAGCUUAGGUAAGAUCAUAGAUGUCAAAUCGCUCCAAGGAGAAAACUCUGGAUUUGAUGUACCGAAAAGUUCUGAAGAAAUGGGUGAAUCUGGAGAAGUCCCUCAUACAGAGCCAAUAGAAGAAGCUGCACAGGACUCUAUGAGUAAAACAGCUAUAUCAUCUGAAAUGUAUGAAGAGCACUAUUCAUUUCUGGUAAACAAAUAUGGGUCCCCAUCAAGAAAAGUAUUCUAUCUGUGUUCUAUUUGUAACACAUAUGGAAGCAAAUAUUCAAAUCAUGACAUUGAACGUCAUAUUUGGAAAGCUCAUUUAAAACUUAGAAAGUUUGUAUGCUCAGAAUGUAAUUAUGGUGAUCUGAAAAAGGCAUCAGUAUUGACCCAUGUCUCAAAACACCAUGGUAGUACAAAAUUUUGCAUUGAAGAAAAUGUACCAUAUAUGAGACAUGAAUACCAAAAAGAAGGAAAUAUCAUAUAUGUGGGAGAUUUGAGUGUUUACAAAGAUACAUUAGCGAAGAUUGAAAAAGGUGUUUGGCCAUCAAAUGCAGGUACUGCCCCACCAAAGGUUUUAGAUGUGACAUCUAAGAGUACCCCUUCUAAGAUGAGUGCAAGAAUCACUAAGAUUAAACAAGAAGUUGUAGAAAAUGAUGAAGUUCCUGAAGAACUUGAAGAAGAAAUGGAUGAUGAAACCACUGGUUUAGAAGCCAUCCCCCAUAUGCAGCUAAAUCAAAUAAAAACUGAACCCGAGUAUGGUCCAAUAACUAUAUCUCCUAAUGAUAUGGAAGCAUCUACCUCUGAUGAAACAUUUGGAAAUUUGAGAUCAACAUCCUAUAACAGGGCUAGUCCCAGAAGUAGUUCACCAAGAGGGGCAUCCGUAAAUGUAAAUCCACUUGAUGUUGUGAAGUACAGUGAUGAACAAAAUGCCCAACUUGAAGAUGCAGUUAAACGUAUACGAAAAACUGGAUCUGGAAAGUUUGUAUGUCCUAUUUGCAAAUAUGGAUACAGAAGCAAGGAUAAAUGUUUGCAGCAUGUUAGAAAUGAACUUGGAAUGGACAAGUAUAAGUGCCAUAUUUGUGGUACUUUUAAGACUUGUUUCAAACAUGCAUUAUCUAAGCACCAAGAGAAGCAUGAAGUACAUACCCAGACAUACCAAUGUCAAUUCUGUCCAUUUACGUCCAAAUCACAAGAUACAGUAGACCAGCACAUGAAGAAUCAUAAAAAAGAAGAGGAAUUAUCCUGUGAUCUCUGUAACUUCAAAACACUUGACCGUGAUCAAUUCAGAUCCCAUCAUAUGCUGCACCAGACAGGCAAAAUGGGAGAUGUUAAGGUUGAUAUAGGUCCUAUGAAUGAAUCACUUCUGGUACCAAAUGACAUUGAAGAGGAAAACCAAGGCAACUGGCAAGAUAUGGGUUCUGAUUAUCAAUACAAGUGUGAGACAUGUGGUUACAAGGCCAUAUCCAACAUUGACAUAUAUUCACAUAUUAUCACCCAUAAGGAUAAAACCAGUAGAAAGUUAUCAUGCUUUUGUGGAUUUGCCACCAAGUAUGUUCGUAAUCUGACAAGGCAUUCAGAGAAUGUUCACAACAAGAAAAAGAUGCAAUGCAACCUUUGCGACUAUCAAACUGCAUUUAUGAUGAACUAUAAAAACCACAUGAGAAUGCAUAGAGAGGAACAGAGUCAGCAAGGAGCUGGUCAGGAUUAUGGUCAGGAGUACAUGUGUAUAUGUGAAACAUGCAAAUUCAAAUGCACCUCAGAGGCCAGUCUAACUAACCAUAUUGCUUCACAUCCAAGUGGAGUGACAUUAAGGCUCAGCUGUUUUUGUGGACACUUUCAAAGCAAGUGGAAAGCUAAUAUGAUACGCCAUUUUAAUGAUGUACACACUAAGGGCAAGAAAUAUGCAUGUUCAAAAUGUGAAUUUGAAACUCCAUUCAUGGAGGUUUUUAACAAACAUAUGAAGGAGGAACAUGUGAAAGAUGAUGAGGGAGAUAAUGAGAUGAUUAACUAUGAUGAACCACCUUAUAUGUUCAAAUGUGAAAUUUGUGAAGUAAUUACCUUCUCAGCUGAUGAAUUAACUCAACAUGUGCUAACUCAUCCAAAGUUUACUCCAAAGUCAUUCUCAUGCUUUUGUGGCCAUAAGACAUCUUACAAAGAUGGGUUAGUGAGGCAUUACAUCGCAAUCCAUAAGAAUGCAAAGCGUUAUAAAUGCAACAAGUGUAUUUAUACAUCAACAUCAUUACAGAGUUUCCAGAUUCACCAAGCUUCACAUAUGGAUGGUCAGUUCAUGCAGGCAGAGUACCAGUUCAAGUGUGAUGUCUGUGAAUUCAAGACAAGCUCUGAAAUUGACCUGACAAAUCACAUCCAGGGUCACCCAAGUGGAACACCUAAGAAACUCUCUUGUUAUUGCGGGUUUACAACUAGGUAUAAAACUAAUUUGAUUCGGCAUACAGAUGCUGUUCAUAGGCGUGGGAAGAAGUAUAAAUGUGGACAAUGUGAAUACCAGACACCAUUUAUCUCAAGCUUCCAGAGUCAUAUGAGAUCACAUAAGAAUAGCAUUGCUAAAGAAAGUGCAAAUGCCAUUGCCAAGAAUGAAGCUGAGUACAUGUUCAAAUGUGAAGUCUGUGACUACGGAGCUAAAUCAGCUUCUGAUUUGAACACGCACAUAUUCUCUCACCCAAAAGGUACACCGAAGCAGUUCUCUUGCAUGUGUGGUUUCUCAACUACAUACAAGGAGGGACUUUUCAGCCAUUUCAUUAGUAUCCAUAAAAAUUCCAAACGACUAAAUUGCAACAUGUGCACUUACACAACAAUGUCCAAGAAGAGUUUCCAAAUUCACCAGGCUCUCCACAAUGAUGAUGAUUCAAUCAAAACAGCAGAUUACAAAUACAAAUGUGAUGUGUGUGAUUUUAAAACUAACCAAGAGGUAGACCUAGGAGACCAUAUUGCAUCCCAUCCGCCAGGAACACCCAAGAAGCUAUCAUGUUUUUGUGGAUUCAUGACCAAGUACAAAACAAACUUAGUGAGACAUUUAGAUGCUGUCCACCGACGGGGCAAAAAGUAUAAGUGUGGUCAAUGUGGGUAUCAAACUCCAUUUAUGACAAGCUUUACGCAGCAUAAAGCCACUCAUACUAAAGUAAGUGAGAAACUGAAGGAAGCCGCUGUUGAGGACACGUCAACCACAAAUGCUGCUGACUACAUGUUCAAGUGUGAUGUCUGCGAUUACAAAGCUAAAUCAUCACAGGAUCUUACCGAUCACACCUUAACCCAUCCUAAAGGGACUCCUAAACAAUUUUCCUGUAUGUGUGGCUUCAGUACAUCUUACAAGGAAGGUCUGUUCAGGCAUUACAUUUGUAUUCACAAAAAUGCACAAAGAAUGACCUGUGAAAUUUGCAUGUAUUCCUCAUACUCCAAGAAGAGUUUCAAGAUACAUAUGGACUCACAUAAUGAUGAUGAUAAAAUGCAGGUUGAGUACAAAUACAAGUGUGACGUUUGCAACUUCAAAACUAAACAUGAAAAGGAAUUGUUGGACCAUGUAAAUGGUCAUCCCCAAGGUACACCUAAGAGACUGUCAUGUUACUGUGGGUUUGCAACCAAAUACACAACCAAUCUUGUCAGACAUUUGGAUGCAGUUCACAGGAGAGGAAAAACAUUCAAAUGUGGGCGAUGUGGUUUUGAAACGGCUUUCAUUGCGAAAUUCUCAGAACACAUGGCAGAACACAAAAAGGGUAAACCAGAUGGAAAUUCCUUGAGCACAAAUGAAGGGCUGCAAUUGCAGUGUGACACAUGUGAUUUCAAGACUACGUCAGAAAUGGAUCUUUCAACACAUUUGUUAUCUCAUCCAACAGGGACCCCGAGAAAGCUGUCUUGCUGUUGUGGGUUCACCACAAAGUUCAAACCAAAUCUCAUGAGACACAUCAAUGCAGUUCACUUACAUGGUAAGAAAUUCAACUGUGGGAAAUGUGAGUUCCAGACUUCAUUCAUUGAGCAGUUUACGGCUCAUGUAAAAUCCCAUGAAGAGAAGGAAGUUAUUGCUAGUACUGAUGAUGAGCAACCACAGCAGCCGGGUGAGUUGAUUGAUCUGGAAAAUGCAUCAUAUAUGUUUAAAUGUGAUGUUUGUGAGAUCAAGUGUCAAUCAAGAGAACAUCUCUCCCAGCACAUUGAAUCACAUCCUAAAGGGACACCUAAGGAUAUGUCGUGUUUCUGUGGGUUCAAGACAAAAUACAAAAAGGGUUUGUUUGAUCAUAUGAGAAGUCUGCAUGAAAAUGCAAAACGACUACAGUGCCCAAAAUGUUCAUUUUCAACUGUAUCAGCAUCGAGAUUUGAAGCACAUAAACUCUCACAUGAAACCGAAAAUGGAUCUGGAAUGGAUUGGCAGUUUUGCUGUGAUGUUUGUGAUUUCAAAACUAACUCAGAAAGUGAACUGACCAGCCAUAUUCUGGGCCACCCUAGUGGCACACCAAAGAAGCUGUCGUGUUUCUGUGGGUUUACAUCUCAGUAUAAAGCUAACCUAAUGAGGCACAACUUUGCUGUUCAUAAAAUGGCACGUAAAUUCAAAUGUUUUAAGUGUGGAUUUGCCACACCAAACAUGACUGAUUUCCAUGAACACAUGGCUACUCAUAGGAUUCAACCAACAAAAGACAAACCUACUGAACCAAAAGGUCAUGAUGUCAAUUGGCAGUUUUGUUGUGAUCUUUGUGAAUAUAAAACAGCUUCUGAAUCUGAUCUACGAGCACAUUGCACUUCCCACCCUAGAGGAGCUAAACUGAAGCUUUCUUGUAGAUGUGGCUUCACUACCAGCCAUAGAGAGAACAUCAUCAGACAUAACUAUGUUGUCCAUAAGCAGGUCAAACACUACAAAUGUAAGGUCUGUGAUUGGUCAUGUGCUUAUCUAGAGGGUAUGAGAGGUCAUAUGAGGACGCACAUGCAGAGUAAACCAUUCAAAUGUAAGCUGUGUGACGUCAGAAUGAACAGUAAGCAUUCAGUAUUGAUGCAUAUAAUGUCAAGACAUCAGAAACUUAUGCGAUACAGCUGCCCAUAUUGUCAUUUAGAGUCCUCAGCCAGUGCUAACAUAAAGCGUCACAUUAUGUCUCUUCAUAGAGGAGAGCCACUGAAGUAUAAAACAAUACCUAUACCUAAAGCCACCCUUGCUAAGGCAUCCAAGAAUGUUGAGGUUCUGGAAGAUGUUUUAGCAAAGGAGAGAGAAAGGGAGGAGGAAUGGUUGGACAAAAGCAAAGAUAUGUCUUCAAUGGAGCUCUUACGUCUCACAGCAGCGCAACAAGGUACAUCCUCUGAGUUGAAUGACAUUGAGCCAGUUGAGAAUGGCGAUGUGGCAGCAUCUGGAUCUGUUUUCCCAAGGAAUGAAUCAAUGCUGGAACAUACUAGCAACGAACAGAGUUUCAGUGUCCAAGACCAAACAGUUGAUAUCCCAUCAUGUCCCGUUUG